UAAAACCCACGAAGAAGAAGAAGGAACAGGAAACGUCAUGUUUGUUAAGAUUUGAGGACACCGGGCGCGAAAAACAUCGUAUUUAUUUUGUGUAAAAGGACAACAAAGACAUUUCUGAUGUGCACAGCGGCGGACAAUAGAGAAAUAAUCAUCCUCAGUGAUGAUGAUGAUGAAGACUCUGACCAUGACAUAUCAUGCAGUGACCCCUCGGUUCUCAUCGUGGAGGUGGAGGAUGUGAAGAAGAGCGACUGUGUGUUACCUCCCAGCGCGUUGGAUGAAGACCUGGUCGUCACCUUCUCCCGUCGUGCUGAGGUGCUGCCUCACGCACGCUACGACUGUCCCAUACAUCCUUUCACGGCUACAGACAAUGAGGUCAACGCUCCUGUGGCUGGAAAUCAGCUCAUUUGUGACCAGUGCUUCUGUUACAUCUGUGACAAACUGGCGUCAUCGUGUGUAAUGUGGUGUCACAGUGGUGUGUGUCACUGCAACAGCCACAAAAGGAGCAACUUCUGGAACGACCUCAGAAACAGUACGCUGCUGGGAGCUCUGAAGACUUUUAACCUCACUCUGUCUGAAAUAGACGCUCACCUCCGACGUGCAGAGACAAUGCUGCAGAGCUUCAAAAGAGAGCUCUCUGUGCAGUUUUCUUCCUUCAUGAAGGGAAAGACGUUAGAGGAAUACGGUCUUUUGAACCAUCAAGGCCUGAUCCACGAUUACACGCCUGUGUAUGAGAGCGUGUCAUCGUUCCUGAACAAAGCAGAUGAACAAGACGGCAGAGCUGCAGCCAUCAUGAGACUGGGAGCCGCUGAGGACUUUAUCCGACAUUUCCAUGUCACAGGGACUUUCAUCCUGCAGUCUCCCAUGUCUAAUGCUGCUGAGGCCAAAGUGGUGUUAAUGCACAGGGUAGUAGCAUCAGUGCAGAGACAGAUGGUAAUGGCUGAUUUUACCUCACAGUUCAUCCACAAACUGCAGGAUUUUUACAAAAGAUUCAAUUUCCCCCCUGAGCUGAGGAGCAUGAGGAACAGCCUGUGUGUGCGUCCCUGGGAUGACGUCCUGCUGGUGUCUGUAAUGAAGGGGCAGAAUGUGUCGGGUGUCCGCAAAGACAAAGGCAAGAAGGACGUCCUGAUUGAACAGAUCUCUGUAGUUUUACUGAGGACAGAACUUCUACAGCAUCAGCACAGGUACAGAGAGUUGUGCCGCUACCUACGAGUUGUCCAGACUGAUGAACCCAAACUCUUGCAGCAGGUACAAGACCUCAUCCCUUUCUUCAUGUGCAUGGACGGGGACUUUACAUCGGCUGUGCAGAGUUCGCUCUCAUCGGUGAACAGCCCCGCCUCCCGCUUCACUCCAAGCCUCUUCUUCCUUUACCUCCGCAUCUUUGAAACAGCAACUGCACCAAAUCUGACGGUCAGUCAGCCCGCACAGCUCUGCAGUUCUGACGCAGAAUGGAAGCCAAUUAAAGAUGCUGCACCACUGAAGCCUGCUGAGCUGGUCAAGUUUGCUCUCAGCGUUCAGAGAUGCUGCUCAGCUGUUUACACAGAUUCUCAGUGUUGGACCCUUUUACUCACAAUCGUUAACACACCUUGUGAUUCACUCAACGGUCUACCAGCACCCACCCCGGAGUUUCUAAACGAAGCGAAGGAUGUUGUAAAUUCGAUUCUGCUCGACCAGUCCUGCUCCAACAUACAGAUCCCACGAUUCUUCCAGAUGGUGUACCCAGAUCAUGCCUUGUUGCUGUUGGUAACAGGGGCUUUAGGUCUGAGAAUCCUUCAUGCUGCUCUGAAUCCAGCACUCCCUCUGCUCAACACUUUUAAGGAGAACACGUGGGCUCUCAGGUGGUUGUGGGACAAUCUGUCCUCCAGCACAGACCGCUGCAGUAGCUUCUUACAGGAGAUCAAACAGGAGAUGGAAAACACAACAGAUGAGGAGAAUUUGUUACCCUUUCUUCAAUCCAUCAUACCCACUCUGUCUUCUUCAGCAAAAGACUGGGACCACACCUACUGCAGCCCAGCAGCCAUUAAACUCCGCUCCUCCCUACUGAAGGCCCCAUCACAGUGUCAGCUGGCUGAUGCUGUCACAUUAUUAGCUCCAUUUGCACCUAAAAUUGCAAAAUUCUGAGCCUCUUCCUGCAGACCUGUGAAAGUCCUGAAACACUGAAGUGGCAGCAGGACGGCUCUGCUCACCUGGCAGAGUAUUUAGAGUACGAACUGUCUGUCGUCCUGCUCAUAACUACAGUUCAGUUCCUUCAUACCCCCCCUCAGUCCAGCGGAGCGUUGAUGAAUGUGUGUGGAGCUGAAACAUAAAUAACUUCAUACAGACGUCAGGAUAGACCUGCACAGACCGAGUCGUCUGUAUGAUGCAGAGACUUUAAACACGUGUGUUAUUUUGCAGCAUUUAAUAACAUGAUACAGACACUUUAUGUUGCUUCAUUCUUAAAUUGUCAGUGUUUCUUCCGUAUGCUAAUGAGCCAAACUGAAUAAUAGUUUAAUUCUGUGAGAGAUUUUUUUUUUUUUUUUUUUUUUUUCCAUCGAAUGGUGUUUUUGUACUUUUUGAUAUUCAUUGUCAUCAUAAAUGUUCAUAAGAGGCAAUGAUGUAAUGUUGAUUAAUAAACGGGAACAUUGACUGGUUUAAUGAAA